GCCAGAUACGACACACGACAACGUCCGUCAGCAGAGAGUUGAACGCCAAAUCUCAGUCGAUAAAGGCCACCGCAUCAUGGUGUAAGAGCAUAAUAACAUCUCAUCGGUGCCUACAAACUGUACCAACUAUCUGGGUUCCAAAAGCGACAAUGGCGCAAUCGAAGGGGAAGGGUCGGGCUACCAACGGUCUUACAAGCAAACCAGGCGUAAUCGGGGCGGUUGCCAGAUUUUGGCAGAAGACAUAUGCCCCGGAUUAUGUUGGCCUAGCAGUCCUUAUAGCUGCUUAUAUUGUGCUCGAGUUCAACACCACACCAUUCCAUAGAUUAUUCGAACUGGGCAACAUCGACCUUGCCUACCCUCAUGCGGAACAUGAAAGGGUUCCAGUCUCAAUGAUGUUCCUCUACGGUGGCGGCGUCCCCCUCAUCGUAAUGGCUCUCUGGCUCGCCAUCUCCCGCGCCGGGUUCCACAAGUCCCACGUUACCAUACUCUCAUUCUUCAUUGGCAUGCUGUUAACGGCUGUCAUUACCGACCUUAUCAAAAAUGCCGUCGGCCGGCCACGGCCUGACCUCAUUUCCCGCUGCAAAGCGAAGGCGGGCACACCUCUUCAUACACUCGUCUCAUGGGAAGUUUGCACAGAGACUGACCACCACCGUCUCCAUGAUGGAUGGCGCUCUUUCCCUAGCGGGCACUCCAGCUUCUCAUUCUCUGGCUUGGGCUUCCUGGCGUUGUUCCUCUCCGGUCAGAUGCACGUUUUCCGUCGCGAGGGUGACUUGGCAAGGGGCCUAUUAGCCUUGGCACCGCUGGUGCUUGCAGGCUGGGUUGCAAUUUCGCGAUGCGAGGACUACCGCCACGAUGUGUAUGAUGUUACUAUUGGCAGUGCUUUGGGGAUGAUUGUUGCUCAUUGGAGCUACCGACGAUUUUAUCCGCGUCUGAGGAAUGUGAAUUGCGAUGCUCCGUAUGCAUCGCGGACGUCAGCUGCAUCUGGAGGUGGAUUUGCGAAGGUCGGAACCGAUGAGGAGGCGGCAGUUAUGCAUGAAGGGACUGGGCCGAGUGCGUUCAAUCUCGGUGAGAUUGAUAGCGGAGACUCAGACUGAAAGGCCAAUUCUUCAUGGGUUUUCGGGGUGAUUGAGCACUUUUGAUUUAGCACCUGAGCGAAAGGAGUGAAUCAUGUAUGAAUAUUUUGCGGGGAGCUUUAGGGCUCUUAUGAAGAUGGGUGUAUAUAUCUACGGAUUAUGAGCUACACUGGAUGUUUAUAAAUGGACAUAGCAUGAGCACAAAUGACGAUACGAAGGAAGC